GAUUGCCUUCUUCAUCUCUACUUAGUAUUUUGAUAUAAAUUUAUUUUAUUAACUUCUAAAUGAAUGUAAUGUUAAAUUUCACUUUGAGAUUGUAUGAAAAGAAAAAAUCAAUAACGACGACGAUAAUUAUACAUUUCUUAACUAAUGAUAUUAAUUGCAUAGUUAAUAAUUUUUUUAAUUAAUUUAGAUAGAUAAACUACACAAAGUCGUCUAGGUCUUAUAGUAGUUUUUGAUUACCUAUUUGUUUCACACCCACAUACAGCUUUUAUAUUAAGAGGAUGGAUUCGAAACAAGAUACAUUUAAUGAAACAGUUUCUUCACUAUUAGAACGUAAAGUACGUGGUUGGCUUAGUGGGGUUAUUGAAGACAUGCGCCGAAGUAGCCCAGUGCAACAAUGGCUAGAUUCCUUGCCUAGUGAGGAUGCAAAUUCACAAGAAGCAACACUGAAUGAUAAAAAAGAUGAAGACGACUCAGACACUGCUGAGAACAAGGCAGAGGAAUCAAUCACUGAUAAUACUGUGAUUGAAACACAAAUUGAUUUUCAAGAAGACAAAACUUUAGAAGUACCAGAGCAAAAGGAGCUGUUGAAGAGAAAGUCUUUAGAAAGUGGAGUACUCAAUGAUCAAUUAAAGUGUAAAAGUAAAUUGCAACGGGACCAUUCUAUACAGUCGGAGGGAUAUAUUCCCAGAUUGAAAAAUCCUUUACUUCGGGAUCACUCUUUGCAAUCUGAUGGAAGUGGUUCUAGCGGCAGUUCUGUAUUAAAUGUUUUGGGUGCAAGGAAAGUAGACGCAGAGUCUGUUCUCUUGGCAUUGGGAUUUGGACCCAGUGAAAAACAGCAAAAACUACAACGAAUACCGGAUAGAUUUUUGGUUCCAUCCAAGUUAAAGGGGAUAAGUACAGAAGAGUUUAUAAAAAAUGAACAGCAUUCAAUGAAGAUGCAUGACUGUGGAGUUUUUGGUUACAGAGGAUUAACAGGGAAUCCUCAUGUUCCACCGUCGACAAUUGUAGCUAAAAUAAUUAAUUGUUUACUACAAGACGAGAUGUGUCGAGAGGAAGCUUUAAUGCGCACGCGCCAUUCUAUAGCCGAUAUGCGAAGUGCGCCUGCAAUACACGCUCGUUUAGCGGCAAGAUUUAGGAGCACCUGAGUUAUUUUACCUGGUAUUUACAUUGGCGUUUUAUAGGCUUUGUUCGGGAAUAUAGUCCGAAGAAAGCUUAGUUCUUGAAUAGAAUUUCUAAAUAUGGCUGAAAUUUGCUUUGAAAGCGAUCGUGGUCAUAAAGCAAAGUGCCUCGUGAAAAGUUGCAUUUUACGUUUAGUUACAUUAGUACUUAUUCGAAAUAUUUAUAAUAAGACAUUAAUGCGCUGUAAGGGUAUGGAUCCAAACGUAUGGAUUUUAACAAGGGAUAAGUCCUGACUUUGGAAACUUAAACAAAAAUCUCUGCCUAAACUUAAUCGAACGGUCAAUACAAAAAAUGUGACGAAUGUACUUACGCCUUACACAAUAAGACCCGAGUCCUGGUAUACAAAAUGUUUAAUAUAGUACUCGUGUAAAGCUUUAUUUUAAAAUUGGAAUUAAAUUCCGUUAUGCAAGGUACUAUACACCUACACCGUUAUCUUAUUUUAAAUUAGGUCCAUUAUUUUUGUUUAGUGCUUAAAUCUCGAAAUACGUAUAGAUACAUAAACUGUUGAACAUUUUUACUAUCAAAUUAAGACAUUAAAAAGCUCAAACGUUCGAUGUGGUUUGCAUAUAGAGUACGUAAUUUAACAUAAAAAUAUUUUAAUUUCCUUGCUGCUUUGCCGUCAGUGGACCUCGGUAUUUCGACUAACAUUUUGCAAAGCACUGUCGGAUUAUUGAGUACUGCCUUAGACCACUAUAGGCUGGAAUUUUUUACAAUACAGUACUUUGUAACCCAAUACAGAUCCAAGAAUAAGAUUCUAUAUGUUAUAUGUAUGUACUCGCCGUAUUCACUUGCAAAACUAAUAAGAUCAGUUACGAUUUAGGCGUAACACGUGCGCGUUUUUAGUAACGUACGUACUAGGUAUGAAUACGUAAUACACAAUGAAUAAACAGUAAACAAUGAACACACGCUAGACCGCACCUCUAUCUUCUUCAAACUAAGCAAUAAGAAUCAAAACAAUACACUACGCGUCGGCGUUCAAUCAUGCGUUAGCGAAGAUUGUUAAGAAAAUAUUCAAUAAUAAUAGACCGUGUCGCAUUACAGGGGGUGCAGGAUUAAGCAUUGGCCGGAUUACCGGGGGUCCACUUUAAUGGUUUAGCAUUGCCAAUUAUUUUUAUAAAUUUUGAUUUAUUAUGAUUAAAUUUCAUUAAGUUUCGUCGUAAGCAUCUUGUACUUAAGUUAAGAAUUUGUUCAAUUUGGAUAAAAAAAACAUAUCUUACCCACUGUUUGUAGCGUCUCUGAGUAAUUUAUAAAUUACCAAUAAUGUAUGCAUUAUUAUAUUUUUCGUAAUCUUUAAAAAUCAAUUUAGAUAUUUAAUUAAAAGUAGAGUUGUUCUGACAAUCGUGCCAUGUUUAAACAUAGAAGUUAUAUCACAUAUCUUUAUAGAGGUAAUUCUUAUAUACAAGGUGUACAUAUAUAAUACAAUACAUAUUUAAUAUAGAAUUCUACCCUAUUUACCUAGAUUUUUUGAUAUAACUUUAAAUGUACACUAUAUGAACAGUUUAGUUUCUUGAUUUUUAUGUAUUGUAACAUUACCAAGUCAAGCCGAAAAUACGUAAAGAGUAGUAUCUCCUGGCAAUAUUGUGAAUGGUAGAUGUAAGUGCGCUCCACAGAACCAAAACCUUAGCUCAGACAUUAAUUAGAAAAACCGCUUUCGCUGGCAAAGGUUUCGUUAUCUUAUUUCCCGCUUCCCGCCAUAUUUUUGAUCCGGCCAAAUUCUGGCAAAGUAUGCGCCGACAACUGUUUGAGUCUCAUAGCAAACGCUUUCGUUCAUGUUGUCAAAUCUAUUUGUCCCGCUACACUCGCUAAACACCCUGUGUUUAACUAUGCCAUCUAGCCAGCGGAGAAAAGUUUUUAUUUUAGUUUUGAUAGGGGCUGUUCAUAAAUUGAUAAUAUUAUUUAACUAACAGAAAUUUGUAGAAAUAUUUUUACUACUGCGUCAUUUUUAGUUUGACUUAAGGUGAUGUUACACCUGUAUACAAUGUGUUGCAGCCAUGUAGUUUGGUUGUGAUAGUCUUAAUUUACCAUUGCACAAUAUUCUCAAAGUUCUAUAGUUGUGACGAAGAUUACACAAGUUUUCUUUAAGUUUAGUUUCUAGAUAGUAUAGAGAUUUAAAUCAUAAAUAUGUCCUGGCUAUAUUCCAGACGCACAAAAGGGUAUUAAUUAUGCGACUCACUCACAAUAAUGACUAAAAAAUUCUCACUAUUUCUUAUACCAAAACCUACUCAACGUAUGUGUUUUUAUGGUGAAUAGCGAACGCUUAUUGAUACCGGCAAACAUCUUGAACAAAUGUCCUUGUCGGUGCAGAAGCGAUUUUUAGGUACGGUCACUGAGAGGGGGGGUGGAGGGAGAGUGACGUGUCGAGCGCUUGAUUGGUAAAUCAGUUGACGUUUGUGUCCCGCGCAUUAUAUGAUGCGCAAACUUUCCCCCCACUCCCUUGUUUAAUGCUCAAGAAGUUUGCCGUGAUCUAUAACGAGAUGACGCUUUCCUAUUGUUGCGUUAACGCCCUUUAUAGACACAAAACGUAGACAUGAUCUAUGAUUCAAAUCUCUGCUUUUUUUAAUUUUUAUCGAAUGUGCCAACUGUUUAGUACUUAAUGUUCAGUUGAUUUAAGUCCAAAGACAAAAUUUCAACUUGCCUCUAUUUUAAUGUAGUAUGUAGGUAUUUAAAGGUGUGAAUUUAUUUAGGCUAUGUUAAGGGCAUUUUCAUAUUUUUUCUUCCUUAAUAAAUGUUUUUUUUUAUUUUGCUACUGAAAUAUGUAGUUGUAAAUUUUAAAUCAAAUGUUCUUCUAAAUGAAAAUUGAAUUACUUAAUAUUAAAUUCUGAGUGAAUUUUGUAAAAUUAACACUCCUAACAAUUUGUUAGGUUACAAACAUAUCACAGUUUUAAUAAAGAGAAUCACUUUUUUUAUAUUGAAUAUUAAGUACUUAUUUCGUAAGGUCUUAAAUUGUGACCAUACUUAUUCUACUAGUCUAUGAAACACAAAUUAGUCUUAAUUUCAUUCUUGCACGUACUUAAGGUUAAGAAACCAAUUUUUAAAUUAGCCCGUGCCUUAAAUAUCCAUUUGCAUAGAUUAUUAGAAAGUCUGUGAAUAUUAAUAUUUUAUAGAUUAAUGUGUGUAAUAUCAUAGUUCCAUUUGAUUGCUCAUUAUAUUUUAUUAUAAUGUUAAGUUUGAUUUUUUAAAAUUAUGU